AUGUCGGGAAUCUCGCCCGCGCGAGGCUUCUCGAACGUCUUGUUCUUGCAUUCGAGGUUGACCAGCACGUUCGAACUCUUGUUGGGGCGCAUGAGCACGUUGAACACCUGCUUUCCCGUCCAUAAGCGUUGCGGUUUGAUGAUCGUCGGUGGGGGCAGGUCGAUGUGCAGAUCCGCAUCCUGGAGGUACGAGCAGAUCUGCACGAAUUCCUGUCGGUUGAAGAACGUAUCGCGACGCGUGAUGAGGAAACAGCCCGUGAUAAAAUCCUGCGUCGCGGCGAUGAUGGGCUCUCCGUUACGAGGCGUGACGAGGUUGCGCUUGAUGUUCAUCAACUGGAACGCCUCCGUGCGCGCCUCCUCGGUCUGCGGGACGUGCAAGUUCAUUUCGUCGCCGUCGAAGUCGGCGUUGUAA